AUGGCUCAAGAGUCACUUUCAGAGACCCCAGAUAUCUCGCCGCCUUCAUCUACAGCACAGCCGCAGUCAGAUCCAUCUCUUUCAAGAAACGUUUCUUUUAGCCGUCUCAACGCUCAGGCACCAGAAUUUGUGCCAACUCGGGCCACCCCAAGGGCCGAUUUGCAGCAACCUAGGCUUGUUGUACCACCUCCUCCUCCUCCUCCUUCAGGUUCUGGUAUGGUACACGUUUAUUCACCGCCCCCAACGUCACAGUUCCAUGUACCAAUUCAAGGCCAUGUUGUCCCGAUCCAGAAUCACCAUCAUCAUCUUGCCCAUCAACAUCACGUUCCGGUUCACUACCGGUCUCAUCAUCACCCGCAUCAGUAUUAUAUUAGUUCUGAUUCUACAGUGCAGCAGUCUCAAGUUGACCCAGAUCAUAGCCCUUCCAAAAGCAAACUAUCUGAUGAAGCCAGUCAGAAAAUUUUGAAUCAGCCUGCCAAAAAGAACAGGUAG